AUGGAUAUUGGCAUCCCGUCCUCUAGUAUGGUCCGACUCGGAUCCAAGUCCACAGCUCGCACCCAGCCACUGAGCAUCGGUCAGCAAGCACCACCUGGCUUCCGGAGCCGAGAGAAUUGGGACACUAUUAACCGACUCAAUGAGGAGCUGACCAACCACGCCAAUACACUGGAUCAGUCUGUGAUCACCUUUCGAAGCACAAGUGGAUCCGAUUCGCAGCUUUUGGAAUACCUGGAGUUCUCCGAGGAGGACUACGACUUUUUUGAAGCGUUUGUCGUUCCGAAAGCCGAUGACGGGUUCAGAUACGUCCGUGAAGACGGUCGCGAGAUCAACAGCCUUUACCUGCUGCGUAGAUGGUACCAAGGCAAAGAUCCAGGCAUUUUCAGCCAGAAUGUAUCACCUUGGCACAUUGACAUCUGGAACAUGGAUGGCGCCUCCCGUCGUUCGAGAGUGCAGGAGUGGCGACUAGCUAUGCUUUCUGAAGCAGCUGAUAAUAUCGUCGCCCACGCACAUGUCUUUGAUUCAAGCCAGCAGACUUUGCAGGAGGCCCUGGGACGGCAAAAGACCGAGGUGAUACAGCAAAAGCGCAUUGUGGCUUGCACAACGACUGCUGCGAGUAUGUACAGCAAACACCUACAGAGCGCCUCACCAGGCAUCGUCUUGGUUGAGGAGGCUGGAGAGAUUCUCGAAAGUCAUGUGCUGACAGCCAUGACAUCUGGGACGAAGCAGUUGGUGCUUAUAGGUGACCACCGACAGCUGAGGCCUAAAGUCAACAACUAUUCCUUGACAGUGGAGAAGGGUGACGGCUUCGACCUCAACCGCUCUUUGUUUGAGCGAUUGGUGUUGGCUGGUCUACCACACACGACUUUGACACAGCAACAUCGCAUGUGCCCGGAAAUUUCAAGCUUGGUCCGGUGGUUGGCUUAUCCAGAUCUCCUAGAUGCCCCCAGUAAAACACAGCGCGAGCCUCUUCGUGGGCUGCAGAAAAGAGUAGUCUUCGUGAAGCACGAGAAACUCGAGCUUCAUAGCCAUGUUGCAGAUCGACGCGAUCAAGGCGCAAGCACCAGCAAACAGAACGAGCAUGAAGUGGCAAUGGUCAAGAAAGUUGUGAAGUACAUGGCGCAGCAAGGCUAUGGCACAGCUUGCCAGGUCGUCCUCACACCCUACCUCGGACAGCUGGGUCUUUUGCGCCGAGAACUUGCAAAGGACAACGAUCCGGUGCUCAACGACAUGGACUCUUUCGAUUUGGUUCGAGCUGGUCUACUAUCUCCAGCCAGCGCAUCUCAAAAGAAACAACCGCUCAAGCUCAGCACUGUCGACAACUACCAGGGUGAAGAAGCCGACAUUGUUAUAGUGUCGUUGACACGCAGCAACCCCAAUGGUGACAUCGGCUUCAUGAUCUCUCCAGAGCGUCUUAAUGUGCUGCUCUCACGAGCUCGCAAAGCCCUCAUCAUUAUCGGGAACCCAGCAACCUUUCUGGCCAGUAAGAAGGGAGGAGAAUUAUGGUCAUCGUUCUUCGCGUUGCUCGCCGAGACAAACUCCAUCCUCGAUGGUCUACCAGUGCGAUGUGCUCAGCAUCCCGAUCGAGAGAUGAUGCUGUGUUCGCCUGAGGAAUUCGAUCAGCUUUGCCCUGACGGAGGGUGCGCAGCUCCAUGUGGCGUAACAUUGAGCUGUGGACAGCACCAAUGUCAACAAAAGUGCCAUCGGAGAACGGACCACUCUCGCAUGCAAUGCAAACACCGUGUGCAGGACAAAUGUCCACAAGGUCAUAAGCUGACGUGGACGUGCUCGCAAGGCCACCCCGUCUCUUGUCGGACAUGCGAUGCAGAGGCAGCGGCUCUGCUCGCACAGCAACAACGUAACGCUGAAUUGGACAAGGAACUUCAAGCACGGCAGGCGGCAUACGCUUCGGAACUGGCUAAGAUUCAGGCCGAACUCGACCACGUUCGCCUAGCUGCGAAGGACAAGCGUGAACAGGAUGAGCAGAGCAACGAACUGACGCAGCGUCGCAAAGAUCUUGAAAACGCCAAAGCUCUCGCUGCUCGGCAGGUAGCUGCAGCUGAGACGUCUAAGAAGCAGAAGUCGACACAGGCGGGUGCUGGUGCCAAACAACCGAAAGUCUCGUCCACGAUACCUGAAUCUAGCAGCAACGAGGGUGAUCGCGAUUUUAAGUCUGAGGCCACACUUGAUUGGGAGCACCAGAAGACGAUCGAGGGCGCAAAGAACGAGGCUAUGGACCAGCUGAUGGCCAUGAUUGGCCUUGAGGCAGUGAAAGAGCAGUUCCUGGAGAUCAAGUCUAAGGUCGACCUUCUGGUCCGCCAAGAUCUGUCAAUCACUAAGGAGAGAUUCGUUGCCGCUUUGCUCGGCAAUCCUGGGUCAGGCAAAACAACUGUUGCUCGUUUGUAUGCGAAGUUCCUAUGCUCGGUGGGCGCUCUUCCAGGAGACAACUUUGUCGAGACUACAGGAGCGAAGCUGGCCAGUGAAGGUGUUCAGGGAUGUAAGAAGCUACUUGAAGAUCUGCUCAACCAGGGCGGCGGCGCCUUCUUUAUCGACGAGGCGUAUCAGCUUACAUCAGGCUCGAACUUUGGUGGCGCAGCGGUACUGGACUAUCUACUGCCAGAGGUGGAGAAUCUUACCGGCAAGGUCGUCUUCAUUCUGGCUGGAUACAACAAGCAGAUGGAGAAGUUCUUCCAGCACAACCCUGGCCUACCAAGUCGGUUCGCUCGGCGAAUGCAGUUUGACGAUUACGAAGAUGAUGAACUGCUAGCCAUCAUGAAUUACAACCUGACAAAGCGUUACGAAGGCCGCAUGAAGCUUGAAGACGGACAUAAUGGACUCUACGCACGCAUCGUGGCGCGACGUAUAGGUCGUGGUCGCGGAAAAGAAGGCUUUGGCAAUGCGCGUGAAGUCGAGAACGUGGUUUCCAUGAUUGCUUCUCGGCAAGCAAAACGUCUUCGUAGAGAACGCAAGGCACGAGGCAAGAGAGAGUCUCCCGAUGACAUGCUCUUCACCAAGACAGAUAUGAUCGGUCCCGAGCCAAAGAAUGUCCUGGCAGGUAACAAGUCCUGGCUCAAACUGCAGAAGCUCAUCGGGUUGGACAGCGUCAAGGAAUCGGUGAGAGCGCUGCUGGCUAGCAUUCAGAACAACUACCAGCGUGAGCUCGCAGAAGAACCAUUGGUAGAGUACAGUCUCAACAAAGUCUUCAUCGGUAACCCGGGAUCCGGUAAGACAUCUGUCGCCAAAAUCUAUGGCCAGAUGCUUGCGGACAUCGGUAUGCUCUCAAGUGGCGAAGUCGUCAUUAAGAAACCCGCAGACUUCGUGGGAAGUGUCCAGGGCGCUUCUGAAGCAAACACCAAGGGGAUUCUGGAUGCUGCUGUUGGCAAAGUGCUCGUCAUUGAUGAGGCGUACGGUCUCUACGGGGGCGGUCAAGGAAGCAACUCUGACCCAUACCGCACUGCUGUCAUUGACACGAUCGUGGCUGAGAUCCAGAGCGUACCAGGCGAUGAUCGAUGUGUGCUUCUACUGGGUUACAAAGACCAGAUGGAGGAGAUGUUCCAACACGUGAAUCCUGGACUGGCACGUCGCUUCCCUAUUGCUUCUGGGUUCGUCUUUGAGGACUUUAAAGACGACGACAUGGCAGCAAUUCUCGACAUGAAGCUGAAAGACCAAGGAUUUGGUGUUACUGAGCGUGCUCGACAGGUAGCUCUCAGCAUCCUCCAGCGUGCCCGGAAUUGCCCUCACUUUGGCAACGCUGGCGAGGUCGACAUCAUCCUCAAUGAUGCCAAGAUGCGGCAGCAAAAGCGCAUAGCUGGAGACGACACUGCUGCUACCGGCAUGUUUGAAGCUUCCGAUUUUGAUCCCGACUUUGAUCGAGGUGAUCGCGCUACUACGAACGUAGCAGCUCUCUUCAAGGACACUGUGGGCUGUGAGACCAUUGUAGCACAGCUACAGGGCUAUCAAACAGUCGCUGCUAACAUGAAAGAGCUUGAGAUGGAUCCACGAGAGCAGAUACCCUUUGCCUUUUUGUUCAGAGGCCCACCAGGAAUCGGUAAGACCACAACUGCCUCGAAGAUGGGGAAAGUGUUCUACGACAUGGGCUUUCUUUCGAAAGCAGAAGUGGUCCAAUGCUCGGCCUCCGAUCUGGUUGGUGAAUAUGUUGGCCAGACCGGUCCCAAGACAAGAAAGCUUCUGGAAAAGGCUCUGGGGAAGGUGCUUUUCAUUGAUGAGGCAUACCGACUAUCCGGAGGCAUGUUUGCACAAGAGGCUCUUGACGAGUUAGUCGAUGGGUUGACGAACGAGCGGUUCUUCAGAAAGCUUGUUGUCAUUCUGGCUGGCUACGACGCCGACAUCAAUCGACUCAUGUCGAUGAACCCGGGACUCACAUCGCGCUUUCCAGAGACGAUCACAUUCAAACCAUUGAGACCAGAAGUCUGCUUGGACUUGCUGAUCAAGACGCUUGCAAAGAAGAAGGGUCUGGACAUCUCGCCCAUUGAGAAUCUGCCCACGCAUGUGAGGGAUGUAGUGCUGGAAAAGUUUUCGAACCUCGCAACCCAAGCCAACUUUGCCAACGCUCGUGACAUCCAAACACUUUCCAAGACGAUCUUCGGUACCCUCGUAAAGGACUUCAAGAAGAAGGCCGGUGGUAUGACUGUGACACAAGACCUGCUUUUGAAAGCACUGAAUGACAUGAUCGUGGAACGAGCCAAUCGAGCAGCGGAUGCGACGACUGCUGGAGCUUCGAACAAUCUGUCAUCGACAAUGCCGCAGUUGCCGCGAUCCCUGACGAAAGAACCUCAACCACAGCGGAAGAUAGUGACGCGAAGCAUGUCCACCGCGAUGUCAGACAUGGAGCUUGCAGAUCAGGGGCGAGCGCCAGACUCGGCAAAUCCUUCUCCUACCGAGGCCAACGACCAACCGCCUGCUUCAUCCAUCACCGUCCAGCGAGACCCCGGCGUCUCGGAUGCCAUUUGGACGCAGCUUCAGAUCGACCGCAUGAAAGCCGAGCAAGAAGAGCGUGAGUUUGAACGUCUCAAAGAUGAAGAACGCAAAUUGAGAGCAUGGCUCAAAGCCUGCGCCGAUGCAAAGCGUCAGAAAGAGCUAGAAGAGAUAGAGCGGAAGCGGAAAGAGGCGGAGGAAAAGCGACGUAAGGAGGCAUUGGCUCAGAAGAAGUUGGAACAGAUGGGAUGCUGUCCGGUGGGGUAUCAGUGGAUCAAGCAGCAGGGUGGGUGGAGGUGUGCAGGUGGGUCGCAUUGGAUGGAUGAUGGAGCUGUGGACCGGAUGGUAGGAUGA